CCAGCGAGCCCGCUCCUUGUGUGCAGCUAGGAGGAAGUCUGCAACUGCUGAAAGGAGCGGUAGCUUAUCUGACUGCAGCAGAGAGGUAGUGAAAACUAUAGGGUGCGCCUUGAGGGCAAGAUCAGCUGCGAGCUGAAAUCGGCGAUCCAUUGCGAGCUCGGCGCAUGCACCCGGAAAAUGGCGUGCUUCGGCGACGAAUACCGGCGUGUGAGGCCCCUUGAGAGGCCGGCGACAGCGUCCGGCGCUAGAAGAGGCCGCCACAGAAACUGUCAGCCGCUGGGACCUGGGACUUGCCUCAAUGACUUCCGCUUCAUCACAGGCAGGACACAGAGGAAGGGCCUUGCGAUGAAGGCAUAUUAUGUGUUUGUGCUGCAUGUUGUGCAGAGCUUGGUUCGGGGAGCAGUGGCACGGCGUACAAGGUGGGUUUGGCUCUGACUGUCUCGAGCUCGUGUGUGAUUGUGUGUCGCUCAUCUGGCCCCUCUCAUGUGGUGCCAGGUGCGCUCAUGUCUGGACGGCAAUGUGUAUGUCAUCAAGAGGAUUCGACUCAGAAGCGAAGAACAGCAGAGGGCAGCCAUGAAAGAGGUCGGGCUAUCUCCAUGUCUCCCCUCGGUCUCAUGGACCAUCUGUCUCUCAUUCUGUGUGUCUGUUUAGGUUCAGUUGUUGGGCUUGCUGCGACACCGAAACGUCAUAGAGUACCACACGAGCUUCGUCGACGACGGGGCCAUCUACAUCGUGAUGGAGUACGCCGAGGGCGGCGACAUGCAGCAGCUGAUUCACUACCACAGGCAACACAAGGCCAGCAGACACACACACGCGCCGGGCUUGCCCGAAGAUUUGCUGUGGAGGUUUGCCGCCCAGAUGGCGCUGGCUUUGGAUCACCUCCAUCGACAUGGCAUCAUCCACAGGUGCCUUUCGCUUCGUUUGUGUGGGUUGAUCGAUGCGACGCGUGUCCGCGGGUGCCUUCUGCAGGGACAUCAAGCCUCUGAAUGUCUUUCUGGACAUCAGCCAGAACAUCAAGGCGAGAAAAGGAGAGGAAUAAACAGAGAGGCCUGGGUGCAUUCUUCUCAUGUCUGCAGAUCGGCGACCUGGGCGUGAGCAAGCUGUGUCCAGACCAGGACUUCCUCAUGAACCACACACACGUCGGCACACCCCUGUACCUAGCACCUGAACAAGUGCAGGGCAGAUACUAUGACGAGAAGGUGAGACAAGACGCCACGCCAAUGAACAACUCCGUCGAUAUCUGUCUCGGACACGCGCCACAUACGCCUGCAGGUAGACAUAUGGUCCCUGGGAUGUCUUCUGUACCUGCUGUCCACGCUCGAGACACCCUUCCAGGGGAGCAACCUCUUCUCAUUGGGGCAGGCCAUCAGCAAGAAGAGACACAAACCCCUGCCUACGUGAGCGAGUGACAUUCCACACGAGAUUAGCUGAUAAACAAACAUCUAGUCCGUCCGAUGUGGUUAACGUGUGGACACAGGCAGUACUCGCCUGAUUGGUGCGCGAUGGUCGAUCGCCUGCUGCAAAAGAACCCCUCUGACCGACCAUCUGCCGUAAGUGAAGUCCUAACAUGAAAGGGAUCAUCCAUUUAUAUAUGCGGACGGACGUUGUUCCCUUCCUCAGGCUGACGUUCUCCAGGCCAUACCCCCACAUCUUCUCAUACAAGUAAGUCCGGCCUGAAUGUCCUAUGUCUCACUCGCCCGAUAAUGUCUUCCUGACCUACUUCUGUGUGCUUAACGCAGCUUGGUGUGGGCCAUACAUCGCCCAGCCGCCCACCCGCCCGCAGAGGAGGCGCAAUCCAGCCUCCGGUGAAGCCAACGCCCACCCGAGGCAGCCACGGCGACAUCCACCAUUCUGCAGACCCAUUGGAGGCCGUGCGACGCCCAGCCACACCGGCAGAGAAGGAGCUCCGAAGCGAGCACGACACCAUUGCUGUCUCAUCCCGAGCACCAAACUCGGUUGCGUCUUCCCAAAGCCAGAACGACGACAGGAACGGCCGCGACGGCAGCAAGCCACACGCAUCCCUUGAGGACACUGUCGAUGAGGGGUAUCGAGGAGACAGGCUGCCCAUGUCUCCCAAACCCGUCAUGCAGUCGCCUCAGGGACCGCUCGAGAGAAAAAGAGUCGUCAGUCGGCCCUCCUCCCCUCCAGGGAGACCUGUGGGCAAUGUCGCGUCCCCCUCCUUGCGUCCGAUGAGCGCCCACGUCGGCAUGGUGCGGAUGAAACCGUGUGCAGCCUCGCCCUUCCUGGCGGCUGCCGCGGCGGAUCGGGGCGGGGUGGUGGUGGGCCGCCUUGGGAGGUCAUCCUGUGUACAGAUGAAUGCGAAUGUGUGUCCGGGGCAUAUUCAUGUCCAGCGUGUCAAGAGACGGCUGACUGUAGAGGACCUGCGAAGGAUGGAAGAGUGAAGAAAUGGAUGGUGAAGUGAUUGAUGUUCAGCGAGCGCGUUCUCUGCUCUUUCUGUACAGCUGGCGUGCCGCCUGUUUGCAUCUUUCUGUCCGUGUCCGUUAGUUACUGUGCGG